CGUACUAGGUAGGUAUCUCUAGCAGAACAUACCUCGAUCUGGGCGAGCUGCAUAAGAGCGUCUCCAACGUCACCAUUAUUAAUUGUCCGGGAGAUUGCUUUUCUCUCUCUCUCUCCUCUUUGGAAACUCGCUUCUCCUUCGAAUAUUCUCUUCCACCACCCAGCCCGUCACCGACUCACUGACUCACUCACUUGUCUCACUCCGAUGAGGUAAUACUCGUGUGAGCGCACCGUGGGCGGUCCUACGGAUAAUGGCGACCGACGAGAAGCCGGCGACGGCCAGCAAGAACUACAGGGGCUUCGUCGCCGGCGUCUUCUCCGGUAUCGCCAAGCUGUCGGUCGGCCACCCAUUCGACACGAUCAAGGUGCGCCUGCAAACCACCGACCCCGCGCGCUUCAGCGGGCCGUGGCAGUGCGUCGUCCACACGAUCCGCAACGAGGGGGUGCGUGGGCUGUACAAGGGCGCGACGCCGCCGCUCGUCGGCUGGAUGUUCAUGGACUCGAUCAUGCUGGGCUCCCUGACGGUCUACCGCCGCCUGCUGUCCGAGCACGUCUUCGCGCCCUACCCGCCGACGCUCGGCGGCAGCGCCCCGCCGCGCUCGUCCCACGCCGCCGUCCACCUCCCGUCCUACGGCCACGGCAUCGCCGGCGUCCUCGCCGGCUGCACCGUCAGCUUCAUCGCCGCCCCCGUCGAGCACGUCAAGGCGCGCCUGCAGAUCCAGUACUCGGCGCGCAAGUCGGAGCGCCUCUACUCGGGACCUCUCGACUGCCUGCGCAAGGUCUACGGCGCGCACCGCCUCCGCGGCGUCUACAAGGGCCUCGCCGCCACGCUGCUCUUCCGGUCCUUCUUCUUCUUCUGGUGGGCCUCCUACGACCUCUUCUCGCGCGCCCUGCGCGCCCGCACCGCCCUCAGCGACCCCGCUGUCAACUUCUGGGCCGGCGGCCUCAGCGCCCAGGCUUUUUGGAUCACUAGCUACCCCAGCGACGUCGUUAAGCAGCGCAUCAUGACCGACCCCAUGGGCGGCGCCCUCCACGACGGGACGCCCAGGUACAAGAGCUGGUGGCAGGCCGCUCAGGCUGUGUACCGUGAGGGUGGCGCCAGGGGCUACUGGAGGGGAUUCUUGCCUUGUUUCUUGAGAGCAUUUCCGGCCAACGCGAUGGCCUUGGUCGCAUUCGAAGGCGUUAUGAGGGCAUUGCCAUGAAAAAUGUAGAACACCACAUUCAACUCACCCGAUUACCGGUUUGUACGUUAUAGAUAGGUAGAUACCACAGAUCACGAUAGAGAAGGGACAAGACAA